AUGGCCUUCGGUGCUCGAGGCGGUCCCCGCGGCGGCGGUGCUCGUGGAGGCGGUCGUGGAGGCGGCCGUGGAGGAUUUGGCGGUGAUCGUGGUGGUCGCGGUGGUGCCCGUGGUGGUGCUCGAGGCGGCCGUGGUGGUGCCGGUGGUAGAGGCGGUGCUUUUGGCCGUGGAGGUCGGGGAGGUGGUCGCGGUGGUGCUGGACGCGGCGGUGCCCGUGGGGGCGCUGGCCAGAAGGGUGGUGCCAAGGUUAUCAUUGAGCCUCACCGUCACCCCGGCGUGUUCGUUGUCCGUGGCGGCAAGGAAGAUGGCAUCGCAACCCGGAACCUAACGCCCGGCGAGUCUGUCUAUGGCGAAAAACGCAUUUCUGUCGAUGAGACUGUCAAGAAUGACGACGGCACUUCCACAACAACCAAGGUUGAGUACCGUAUGUGGAACCCCUUCCGAAGCAAGCUUUGUGCUGCCAUUGCUGGAGGUGCCGACGACAUCUACAUGCGCCCUGGCUCCCGUGUCCUCUAUCUUGGCGCUGCCUCUGGCACCUCUGUCUCGCACGUUGCCGAUCUCGUUGGUCCUACCGGAUACGUCUACGCCGUCGAGUUUUCUUCCCGAUCUGGUCGUGACCUCAUCAGCAUGGCCUCCAGGCGAACCAACGUUGUUCCCAUUGUCGAAGAUGCCCGUCAGCCCGCUCGUUACCGCAUGAUUGUCCCCAUGGUGGACGUCAUCUUUGCCGACGUUGCUCAGCCUGACCAGGCACGUAUUGUUGCCAUGAAUGCCAACUGGUUCCUCAAAGUCGGUGGCGGUAUUCUUAUCUCCAUCAAGGCAAACUGCAUCGACAGCACUGCCCCUCCUGCUGAGGUUUUUGCCAGCGAAGUCCAGAAGAUGCGAGCUGAGGCCAUCAAGCCUAAGUUCCAGCUUACUCUGGAACCUUUCGAGCGUGACCAUUGUUUGGUUGCCGGAGAAUACCAGCGCUAUAAGUCGUAA